UUUCGACGCAAAUCGUUGUUGCCGCACAUGGAGGAAGGCGGCCACCGCGAUGGUGACGCAGCGGCUGACGAACACCCUUGGCUCCUUCAUGACGAUUUUGCGGCAAGCCACCGCAUCUUGAAACAAUGCAUGGACUUGAGUGAUGCCAUCCAUCCCACCAGCAAAGCCCACGUCGACAUCACGCGGAAGGCCACCCGUGUCGUGGCCUCGCUGAAGACUGUGUACAACAAUCACGCCAACGGGGCGUCGAGUGCGGCAGAUUCUUCCCGAGACAUGCUCCAAGUGCAUACUCGCGACGUUGUCGAGAUCUUGACCGAUGCGUGGGUGCUCCUGCCCACAAUCGUGCUAAAGCAUAUCCUGGGCGAUAUUGUGGAGCUUUACACCGACAUUCUCAUGAGCAAAGCCGACAUCGACAAUAUCACCGACGUCGAGUGCUUUCUCCGCAGCGUUGACGGCUUCUUGUCCGCAAAUCCAUUGAAACAUGCUGUCCGCAAGCUCGAGAAGUGCAAGGGUAAAUUGCAGCGAUUCCAAGUCGCUGUCCACGACGACCAGGCCAAACUCAACCGUCCGCGGUGGACGAUCGUCGGCGAUCGCGUCAAUGCGACGGCCAUCACCCGCGACGUCCAAGAGUACUUCGAGACGCAUCGCAUCACGCCAGCGGACGAACAACAUCGCUUGGCCAUCGUCAAACGUUUGGAACAUGCCAUCACACGCAACAAAGAGUGGAGGGAUGCCAGCAUCGAGCUCUACGGCAGCUCCCUCUCAACCAUGGGGACGCAAGGGUGCGACAUGGAUCUGUGCCUGUCGUGGAAGACUUCGACCAGUGUGUUUUCUCUCUCGAACAGCGCCGCCAUCGGGAAAGCGCGGCAUGCCCAUGAGUUGGCGCUGCAAAACCGAUCGAACCACGAAAUGGGACUCGACUUGCUGGACCGCGUAAAGGCCGACCUUGCCAAGCACACGGCUGUGCUGGGUCAACUUGUCCUGGCCUGCGGCAACGCGCCAGCGGACGAAAAAUUAGCGAAAAAGAAAACGUGCGCGCAGUUUUUUGUGCGGGCUUUGCUCGAGUUUACGCAGGUCCUCGAACGUCUCGAGCCAACGGCCAAGUCGCCGGCGGACAUGGCGAGCCACGUCCGGAUCGCCGCGCACGAGCUAAAGGUCGCGAUGGCGGACAACAUGAAGCGCACGAAACAGCUCCAUCGACUGACGGCCGUGCUGCAGCGCGAAGGAUGCACGGUCCACAACGUGCUCGCCCAUGCCCGCGUCCCCAUCAUCAAGUUCUCGCACGUCAAGAGCCAACUCGACUGCGAUCUGUGCAUGGGCAACACCCUAGCUACGCGGAACACGCGUCUCCUUCGCGCGUAUGGCCAAUAUGACCGCCGCGUGAGUCCGUUGGUGUUGGCGGUAUGGCGGCGGCCACAUUGUCGUAAGAAUAAUCCAUCCACACGAACGUCGUGCCAGGUGAAAAAGUGGGCGAAAGCAAGGGGCGUCAACGACGCGUCGCAAAACACUCUCAGCUCGUACUCGUACGCGAUCGUGGUCAUCCAUUUCCUGCAAACCGUUGGCAUCUUGCCCAACCUGCAAGAUCCGGCGCUGUGUGGCCAACUGGGCGUGGCGCGCGAGAUCGUGCAUGGCGUCGAUGUCUCGUUCUGCGCCGACUCGACUGCGUGCCGGACGAUUGCGCCGCGUCAAGAGCGGCGGGACGCCGAGCUGGACGUUGGCGAGUUACUCGUGCUCUUCUUUGACUACGUGACGGCGUUUCCGUGGCUAUCGCGCGUGGUGUCGAUUCGCGGACGAGACCAGACCAAGCGCGACCGGUGGACGAGCGCGGCCAAGACGUGGCGCAUGAGCAUCGAGGACCCGUUCGAAACGUCGCGGGAUUUGGGCAUUGUCUUGACUCCGCUAGGCCAAGAAUGCGUGCUGCGUGAAUUCGCCCGGGCCAAAAAUGUGCUGCUCGAGACGGGCAGCUUUGCGGCGCUGACGGCUGUCCCGCCGCAGCCCGCACCAGGCACAAAGGCGAAUGCAGGUUCGAACAAGACUUGCGACGGCGGCAAACCUUCCAAGGCCAUCAUCGGGCGAAACAAAAACGGCCGCAACACGGGUGCCGCCGACGGCGCCAGUCCCGCAGACACGCCUCCAGCGAUUCCAUUGUCUGGCACCGCGUCGAAAGAAGACGCCGGCGCUGCACCUGGCGACUCGGUAUGUGCAUUCGACCCGGCCGUGCAAGGCACCGUGCAAACGAAAACAAAGAAGCAGCGGGGAAACCAAAGAAACAGUGCGGAAGGACCGGCACCCAGUGCGGCUGUGUCUCCAAUUGCGCCGACUCACGUCGAAGGCGGCCGUGCAGCCCGUGGCGAGCCUCCAGCGACUUUGGACCACGAACCAAGUAUGGCAGGAGGACCCGCCAAAGAAAACGACGCCGCGCCUACCUCUCGAAAGCACGAGAAGAGCAAAAGAGCCGUCGUGAUGUCUGCUCGCGAGGAUAGAGUCGCGCGAGAUGCCGCGGCGCCAACUAGCCAGCCGGCCUCCAUGGACAGCGCUCAGCAUCAUGGCCAACAGCAGUCGCCACCUCGACGUCGAUCGGCCAACGACACACCACGUCAGGACGAGAAAGCAGUGCCACGAUGCUCGCAAAAGGAGAAGAAGCCGGCUGAACAGCACAACAAGAAAGGGUGUCAGGAAGGGCCCAAAGGCAAACAACACCAGAGCAAAACUCGAGGGCACAAAAGCGCCAGCGGCAGCAGCACCCCCCCUGCAGCCCCUGUUGUGGCCGUCCUUAGCCUACCGCUGCCUGCGCCAAUUCAGGCGAAUCCCCAGAGGCAGGCAGUUGAAGAAGAUGCUGGCGCGACUACCACUGCCGCCGCCACUACUUCUCGCCGCUCACGUCGCCAUGGAAAUGGACGCCAUGCAUCUCGGCCGACAGCAGCGUCGCCCACCGAAUCGUCGUAACAAAUCAUGCUUUGGAUCACGUUGCGGUGACGAUCGUCACUGACGACCGAAAACGUGGUGUGGCCAUGAUAAGAUUGCUUCUCUACACGUGAAAUACGCUCUUGAG